UCCGUGACGCGUGUGAGGUUAGAGUUCACCGGAAGCUGUUGGCUGCUGCCGGGAGACAGAACGUCAAAAAAUCUUUAACAUUACCGUGUAGUUUACACGCGAUACGUGUUGUUAUGGAUGAAGACAAUUCUUUUUUUCCUGCCCGUCUGGAAUGGUGAAGGAAAUAUCUGUGUUGCCUUGAAACAAGCGAUUAAAACUCGUUUUUAAUCCCGGAAGUGGAGCAUAGCACCAGGUGUUAGCAUAGUCGCUAACACAUCUUCAUGAUUUUAAAUAACAAACGAUUUUAUGUUAAAUCGCUAAUACCAAACGCGUUCAGAUGAUCAAAGUCGUAAAUUUGGAUUGGCGUAGGUGUCAGUCCUGAGAAGCAUCGUUUAGAGAGCUUUGAGUUUAAUAUGAUGUGAGAUUACAGUCAGGCUGCUGACAGAUUCUGAUGCCUUUCAUCUGAUCGAUGUGAUUCUUCUGAGGAUCGAUCACUAAUCCUCUCUGCUUUCGUUUAGGAGUCUGCAGACAUCAUGAGUGGUAAAUUUGGACUGGGGAAUUACAGCUCAAGGAAGCACAUCUCUAUCACUGUCCCGUCAUCCACAGAGGUGAUGUCACCGCAUAUCAAAUCAGUAGAAGAACUCCGAGUCCUGGGCAUUAACCUGAGCAACUUCAACACACCAACUCAGUUCUUCAUCUGUGUGGCCGGUGUCUUCUUCUUUUACCUUGUUUAUGGCUACCUGCAGGAGCUCAUAUUCUCAGUGGAGGGCUUUAAACCAUUUGGCUGGUAUUUGACUUUAGUGCAGUUUGGUUUUUACUCCUUGUUCGGUUUAGUGGAGUUACAGCUUACUCAGGAUAAAAGAAGGAGGAUACCAUGCAAAACUUACAUGAUCAUCGCAUUUUUAACAGUUGGGACCAUGGGCCUUUCCAACACCUCUCUGGGUUACUUGAACUAUCCAACACAAGUUAUCUUUAAGUGCUGCAAACUCAUUCCUGUCAUGAUCGGUGGAGUUUUUAUACAAGGGAAGCGCUACAAUGUUGCGGACGUGUCCGCUGCUCUCUGCAUGAGUCUGGGUCUUAUUUGGUUCACACUGGCAGACAGUAAAAUUGCACCAAACUUCAAUGUCACAGGGGUUAUUUUGAUAUCUAUGGCCCUCUGUGCUGAUGCUGCUAUUGGUAAUGUGCAAGAAAAAGCCAUGAAACUUCACAGUGGAAGCAACUCAGAGAUGGUUUUAUACUCUUAUUCGAUUGGCUUUGUGUAUAUUCUGUUGGGUCUGCUGUGUGUUGGGGGCCUUGGACCUGCUGUUUCUUUCUGUUCACAGCAUCCAGUGACCACUUAUGGAUAUGCAUUCCUCUUUUCUCUGACUGGAUAUUUUGGCAUUUCAUUUGUCCUGGCCUUAAUAAAGCUGUUUGGAGCACUUGUUGCCGUCACAGUGACUACGGGGAGAAAAGCUAUGACUGUUGUACUGUCCUUUAUGUUCUUUGCAAAACCUUUCACUUUUCAGUAUGUCUGGGGAGGUCUGCUGGUGGUGUUUGGCAUAUUCUUAAACAUCUACAGUAAAAACAAAGACAAAAUGAGGCUUCCUUCAUUAGCGGAGAUCAGAAAAAGAUUACUCAGCGGACAGAAAGUGCGUCUGCUUUCUCAGGAUGUUUAGGAGAGCUUUAAAGCUUCAUGAUGGCCUUUUCUACAUCCAACAUCAGGUGAUGUUUUGGUGCGGAUAGGAACCCGAUCGAGGGAAGAUGGCAGCACACGUGGAUCAUGGGGACCUGUUUGAAUCAAUGGAAGUGUAACCUAGAGCCAAAAAGCAACGAUUUGCACUGGACAUUGGUGGAAAGUGAAGGUGGUAGUGGUGAUAACAGAGUACAUUUCUUUUUAACUAAUCCAGUCCGAAUGAAUGUGAGCCCAACAGCGCCAUUGACAUUUUAUAUGAAGUCUUUUCACCUGCAUGUGUCAUAAAAUAAUGGCAAUACGUAGCACGCAAGACAGGACUGUGUUGUUGUUUUUAGAUUGCACAGAGAUGACUGAUUUUGUAAGUUUCAAGGGCUGACAUUUGGAUGUGGAUGAACUUAUCCGCUGCCAUAUUUGCUAACUGUUGUUUGGUGAAAGGGUGACUGUUUUUAUAUUAAAAACAAACUGGGAAGUUGA